AUGAUGUAUUUACUCAAGCGUGAACAAAAUCUAUCUGACUUCUUGAACCCACUAAAACGUUUAUGCUCGAAAGAAAGUAAUAUUCCAUGUAUAAGUCAACGUUCGUUAGUCGAUGUGAUGAUGAUCAAUUCAAAUCGAUUUCUUCGUCGACGUUUAACAUUUCUUCUUAGCAAACGUAAUCCAGUACCGAUGAUUCAACCACCUACCAACACAAUCAACAACAAAUACCGUUUUGUAUCGAGUAUCAUUCAUGUCUGGGAUUUUAGUCGACCUAUUCUACUCUCAUUUGGUAUAGGCAAAUGCAAAGGUAAAACACCUCUUGUUAAUGCCCUGUUCGAAACGAAUUUUGAACAUUCAAUGAACAGUAAAUACUUUCACGAAACAAUUGACGUUGAUUUUGGAUAUCAUUUCGUUGAACGACGUUCUGUAAAUGUUGCCGAUGUUCAUGGCGAUCUUUCAAUAGAGACUCUCAAACGUAUUUGUCAAUUAUUCAAUGGUUUUCUUAUUCAUGUUCAAUCAACAUAUCUAACCUCGAAUACACCGGAUGUUAUUCAAUUUGUACGUCUACUUUCGCAUACAACCUAUAUGAUAUUACUCAUACGUGACCUUGACGAUGAGGACGACGAAGAAAUUCAAACGGCUAUAACAGGUGUACGCUCAGUUUGUUCGAAUUGUCAGAUUUUCUAUUUGCCGUAUGUUGUCGACAAGUAUUCUGAUUUCAAUAGAGAAAAAAUUGAACAAUUACGCGAACAAAUUUUUCUUAAUGCUGUCAAAUUUUCUCAUUCAAACGAACAAAAUAUCCAAAAGCAGUAUCUCGAACAGCUUAUGGAUACUGUUCAAUGUAGAAAUACUGAACAAGACAAAGUUUUUAUUGAUUCCAUUCGACCAAUUCUUAUUCAUGGUAAAGUAGAUGAUUAUCCACUGUAUUCAUUAUUUACUCGCAUGUGUGAUAUAAGACAUAAGCUAGCCAAGAUGGAUCCUUACAAUGCCGAUUUUCAAGAUACAAAGGUAUAUGAUCUUCAUAGUAGACUGUCUCGAAUUAGUGCAGAACUAGAAAAGCAGCAACGAGCUGGUUUUCAAGCAACUGGUCAAGCAUUUCAACGUUUUUUUCAACUCGUUCAAAACACAGAAGAUCAAUUGAAUAACUUGAAUUUAUUAUCUAUUGAAUUGAAACAUGAACGAGAUAAGAAGAUAUCUUGUGUAGAUCCUACAACAUCGUUCUAUCAAAAAUUAUCACUUGAAAUCCAUUGGCGAAAUGCUAUGAUCAGUUCUAAAAGUAUAUCAAAUUCUGAACGAAGAAUACUUAUCGAUGCGUAUCACAAUUAUAUUGACGAAGGAAAUCCUUUCGAAAUCGUUGAUGGUGAUAAUUUCGAAAUGCAAGGCGAAUUUUUGAUAGAAAGUGGUAAAAGUACAUUACUUAACUUCUUAUUUGGAACUUUAUUUGAAGUACGUGAAGGACGAUGUACUCGAGGUGUCUAUGGAACAUUAGUCAAAAUUAGAUCGGAAGCAGUUACUCAUGAUCUUAUACCGCCUGAUUACGAUUAUAUUUUAUUAAUUGAUACAGAAGGUUUAUUAUCUAUCGAGAGGUAUGACGAACAGUAUGAUAAACGUUUGGUUCUCUUUUGUUUGGCUAUAUCACAUCUAGUUAUUGUCAAUAUUAGUGGUGAAAUUCAUGACACACUGAAACAAAUGCUAAUAGUAUGUAUAGAAUCGCUCAAUUAUCUUGGAGAAACUCGUGUAACGCGGCCAACAGUUCAUUUUGUUCUUAAUAAAAGAGCCGAUCGGGACAAAGCCAUUUGUAAGCAACAAUUCAGGAUCAUUCGAGACGAUUUGAUAGCAAAUGGUCUCAAUAAUUUAAUUGAUCUUGAACCGAACAAUUUUCAUGUUUUAUCGGCAGCAUUCAAUCGAAAGCCAUUUUUAGAUCCGCAUGGAGAAUGUGCCGCAAUAUUAACUAAUAUUGAUUUUGUAACAGAUGUUCAAAAGCUAUGCAAACUUUUUGUUGAUUCAUCUUUUCAAAUAAUUCGUGACACUGGUGAUCGUUUUUCUAUACCAACAAAAUGGAUUGAAUUUGCUAAUAGUGUACUUCAAAUCAUAAAAAAAUAUCCAGAUUUAACUUAUUUCAAAGAUAUUUUUGAACGUGUACAAAAUAAUAAAAUACGGCAAGAUAUUCGAAACGAUUUUGAACAAAUUUUAUCACCAGCACAAGCUCAACUGUUGAUCGAUAGAGAAAAACACAAUAGUAUUAGUCGUAUUAAAGAUUCAUUUCAAAUCGUACACGAGAAGAUUUUAAAAGAACUUGAAUCCAAACUUGAACAAAAUAUAACAAAGCAUACUGUAAGUGGAAAUGUUCGCCAAAGAUCAUUUCGUUUUAUGCGAGUACAAGUUGCAAGUCGAUUUCGUUCAUGGGAAGUGUCAGCUAUUAUGGCAAGUGAACGCGAUAAAUUGAAUAACAUGAUACGUGAUAGUGACGGUGAGCUUCGACAACUAGCGUAUGAUAAAACAGGCAAAACUUAUUUUAUGGAUAAACCUUCGGCAAUCGAUAAAUUUGAGACGAUGUGGAAAAAUCGAUUUGAUCAUGUCGAAACGCAAUUCGAUUCUGAAACUCAAUGGAAACAAUCGAUUGAUUUAGUUUGCCGUCUCUAUGAUGCACUCGAUCAAGAUGCUUUGCCAUCAUUGGAUAAUGUUCUCGCCUAUUUACCCUUUCUCAUGACACUUGAUACACUCUGUCAAUCCGACUUUCUUCAUCAAAGUUUAUUAAAAAUCAGGGCCGAAUGUAUAUCGAAAGCUAUUAAUAUUAAUCCACUUGCUCUUCAGUCGACAAAUACGGUUUACACAGUGUGUGCUUCUGAUCUACUCUCUAAAAAAAAAAGAAGCUUUGCAGAACCCUUCGAAAAGGUUCUGUAGAUUUCUAAAAGACUCCAAAUGUGUCCAAAGUCUCAAAAAAAGGAUAAAAAAUUCGACAGAACCUUUUGAAGGUUCUGUGGAGUACCCACUAGCAGAACCAUCUCUUGCAGAACCUUUUUUUAGGUUCUGUAGAGCAAAAAAAGGUUCUGUGAAAAAAUAUGAAACCUUAAGGGUUCUGUACAAAACCAUUAACGUUUCGUGAGAAACCUUAAGGGUUCUGUACAAAACCAUUAGGGUUUCUCACG